AGCCCCGCGCGCCUGGACCUCCGCUCCAGAGCCCAGGCAGAGCGGCCCUGGCCCAGUCCAGUGACCUUCGCCUGUCUGAGCCCUGGUUAAUUUUUGCCCAGUCCGCCUGCUGCGGGCUCCUCCCCUCAGGGAUAUAAGCCCGGCCCGAGGCUGCUCGGUCUCUGCCCGGCCUGAGCUGCCCGAGCUCCCUCCCCGCCCUCGCCAUGGCCAAGGGCUUCUACAUCUCCAAGUCCCUGGGCAUCCUGGGCAUCCUCCUGGGCCUGGCGGCUCUGAGCACCAUCAUCGCCCUGUCUGUCGUGUACGCCCAGGAGAAGAACAGGAACGCCGGGAGCCCCGCGGCGUCCUCCACGAGCCCCGCGGCGUCCCCCGGGAAUCCCAGCACCACCACCACCACCUCGGCCACCACCUCAGACCAAACCGAACCGUGGAACCUCUACCGGCUGCCCAAGACGCUGAUACCCGACUCCUACCAGGUGACGCUGAGGCCCUACCUCACCCCCAACAGCGACGGCCUGUACAUCUUCAAGGGCUCAAGCACCGUCCGCUUCACCUGCGUGGAGGCCACUGAUGUCAUCAUCAUCCACAGCAAACAGCUCAACUACACCCUCACCCAGGGGCACAGGGUGGUCCUGCGGGGCGUGGGGGACUCCCAGCCCCCGGGCAUCGUCAGCACCGAGCUGGUGGAGCUCACCGAGUACCUGGUGGUGCACCUCAACGGCUCCCUGGUGGAGAACAGCCAGUACGAGAUGGACAGCGAGUUCGAGGGGGAGCUGGCGGACGACCUGGCGGGCUUCUACCGCAGCGAGUACACGGAGAACAAUGUCAAAAAGGUGUUGGCCACGACACAGAUGCAGGCUGCAGACGCCCGGAAAUCCUUUCCGUGCUUUGAUGAACCGGCCAUGAAGGCCGAAUUUAACAUCACGCUCAUCCACCCCGCAAACCUCACAGCUCUGUCCAACAUGCUUCCCAAAGGCCCCAGCGUCCCACUUGAGGAAGACCCCACCUGGAGUGUCACCGAGUUCGAGACCACACCCAGGAUGUCCACGUACCUUCUGGCCUAUAUCGUGAGCGAGUUCACGCACGUGGGGGAGCAGGCACCCAAUGACGUCUUGAUCCGGAUCUGGGCCCGGCCCAGUGCCAUUGACGAGGACCAUGGCAGUUAUGCCCUGAGUGUGACCGGCCCUAUCCUAAACUUCUUUGCUGGGCAUUAUAACACACCCUACCCACUCAACAAAUCUGACCAGAUCGGCCUGCCUGACUUCAACGCCGGCGCCAUGGAGAACUGGGGGCUGGUGACCUACCGGGAGAACUCCCUGCUGUACGACCCGACGUCGUCCUCCAUUGCCAACAAGGAGCGGGUGGUCACUGUCAUUGCUCACGAGCUGGCCCACCAGUGGUUCGGGAACCUGGUGACGGUGGAGUGGUGGAACGACCUGUGGCUGAACGAGGGCUUUGCCUCCUACGUGGAGUACCUGGGUGCCAACUAUGCAGAGUCCACCUGGAACGUGAAAGACCUCAUAGUGCUGAACGACAUAUACCCUGUGAUGGCCGUGGACGCGCUGGCCUCCUCCCACCCGCUGUCCACUCCCGCUUCGGAGAUCAACACGCCGGCCGAGAUCAGCGAGCUGUUCGAUACCAUCACCUACAGCAAGGGCGCCGCGGUGCUCAGGAUGCUGUCCACCUUCCUGACCGAGGACCUGUUCAAGGAGGGCCUGGCGUCCUACCUGCACACCUUUGCCUACCAGAACACCGUCUACCUGGACCUGUGGGAGCACCUGCAGCAGGCUGUGGACAACCAGACGUCCAUCAGGCUCCCCACCACUGUGCGUAACAUCAUGGACCCCUGGAUCCUGCAGAUGGGCUUCCCAGUCAUCACCGUGGACACCAAGACAGGGAGCAUCUCCCAGCAGCACUUCCUCCUUGACCCCGAUUCCAAUGUGACCCGCCCCUCAGAUUUCAACUACCUGUGGAUCGUGCCCAUCUCAUCGCUCAGGAGCGGCACAGAGCAGGAGGACUACUGGCUGGAGGGCAGCGAGACAGCCCAGAGCCCCCUGUUCCAAACGGUCGACGACGGUGAGUGGAUCCUGCUGAACAUCAACGUGACAGGCUAUUACCAGGUGAACUAUGACGAAGACAACUGGAACAAGAUUCAGACUCAGCUGCAGACAAACCCAUCGGUGAUCCCUGUCAUCAAUCGGGCGCAGAUAAUCAACGAUGCCUUCAACCUGGCCAGUGCCCAAAAGGUCUCUGUCACUCUGGCGCUGAACAACACCCUCUUCCUGAUCCAAGAGACGGAGUACAUGCCCUGGCAGGCCGCCCUGGACAGCCUGAACUACUUCAAGCUCAUGUUCGACCGCUCCGAGGUCUACGGCCCCAUGAAGAACUACCUGAAGAAGCAGGUCACGCCCCUCUUCUACUACUUCAAAAAUAUCACCAACAACUGGAGUGACAUCCCGGAGAGCCUGAUGGACCAGUACUGCGAGAUUAACGCCAUCAGCACCGCCUGCUCCAAUGGGCUUUCUGAGUGUCAGCAGCUGGCCUCCGACCUUUUCAAGCAGUGGAUGGAGAACCCCAGCGUUAACCCGAUCCACCCCAACCUGCGGACCACCAUCUACUGCAACGCCAUCUCCCUGGGUGGCGAGGAGGAGUGGAACUUUGCCUGGGAGCAGUUCCAAAACGCCACGCUGGUGAACGAGGCUGACAAGCUCCGGGCAGGCCUGGCCUGCAGCAGGGAGGUGUGGAUCCUGAACAGGUACCUGAGUUACACCCUGAACUCCAGCUUGAUCCGGAAGCAGGACGCUACCUCCACCAUCAUCAGCAUUGUCAACAACGUCAUCGGGCAACCUCUGGUCUGGGAAUUUAUCCAGGCCAACUGGAAGACGCUCUUUGAGGACUAUGGCGGCGGCUCCUUCUCCUUCUCCAACCUCAUCAGGGGAGUGACCCGACGAUUCUCCACAGAGUUUGAGCUGAAACAGCUGGAACAGUUCAAGGAGGACAACCAGGAAACAGGCUUCGGCUCAGGCACCCGGGCCCUGGAGCAAGCCCUGGAGAAGACGAAAGCCAACAUCAAGUGGGUGAACGAGAACAAGGAGACAGUGCUUGCGUGGUUCACAGAAAACAACAAAUAGUCCUGGUCCUUCAGGUCACCUGGCCCCCAUGCAAGAUGCCCAUGUGUGUCUGUCCCAGCCGGAGCCCGAGGCACCAGUGUCAUCUCUUCUGCUCUGCCCUUGGGGCCAGUCUAGUUUCUGAUGGCCAGCCUGUCCCAGCACCUCCCAGCCCUGCCCCUCAUGCCAGCCCUGCCCCAGGCCUGGCGUGGCGCCUGUCACUCAGGGUGCUGGGGUUGAUCUCAGGGAAGCCCAGCUGCAGGGCUGCGUGGGCAAGAGCCCUUGACGGACAAUGGACGGCCUUGGUGGGGCCGCCCUGCACCCUCUCUCACCUUCUCAUAAAGACCCCAAACCUGAGGAAUCAACAGGCAGCAGAUCUGUAUAUUUUUUCUAAGCAAAAUUGUAAAUAAAGGAUUUCUAGAUGA